CAUAUUUGUGUUCUCCACGUCGCAUACGUUCUAACUCGAUGUAAACCCAGUGAGUGGCAUUCAAGUUGGAAAUGUUUUGAACAUUUUCUGCACGGAUCAAUGGAGGCGAGAGACUAUUUGAAGUCCCAUCUAAUUCAGACUGCUUGCUAACCGUCGAUCGUUACGAGAUGUGUAACAGGAGAAACAAACCAAUUUUUCAAGGAGCUGUAUUUUUAGCUCUUCUAGGUGGCCUUGGGUACACAAGCUACUUGUACAACACUGUUUCCGUAGACUUAGAGAUCUCGAAAUCAGAAGCGAAUAGGUAUCUCCAGAAACAGGAGUCGUUCUCAUCCCAGCUUCAAGUUGUUUAUGAACAUCGAGCUCGGCUGGAAAGAUCACUACAAAAAGAAAAGGCUGAUCACAAGAAUUCCAAGCUAGAGUUUUCUAAAAAGCAAAAGGAGUUUAUUUUGAACGUAACCAGAUCCAAGCAUGAAAACAGAAACAGGUUCAAUUCUUUAGAGACUUCAUACAACAUGCUGAAGGCCCAGAAUAAGGAGCUUGAUACAGAAUAUAAUCGUCUCCAACAACAGUACUUUCGUCUCAGUUCAGAGCACAGCACUCUCAAUAACCAACAAAAGAGGAACUUUCAGAUUUUCAAAGAACAGAAGGCAAAUGAGAUAGCAUCACUUGAUGAGGAAAUCAAAACACUGAAGAAACAGGUUGUGGCAUUAAGAACGCAUCUUAAGACAAGAGGAGAGGAACUUGACCGUCACAAGUUGUCCAGCUCUCAAGAAUUGAAAAGAAGUAAGCAAUACCAGGAAACAAUUAGCACUCUGGAAGAAGAACUUGCAUCCUACAAGGAAAGACUUGAAAAAGCUCAGCAAAGAAGUUAUAAAACCGUUGGUGAGGACAAACUUAAAAACGAUAAAACACCAGGUACGAUUAAGCAAGGUGGCGAUUUACGUAACUCUUUUAAGUCAGGAGUAUUAACCCAGGGAGACCAAGAAAAAAUGGGUGUGGAAAAAGCCAAUCAAACAGGUUCCCCUGGAAUGGAGAGCAGACAGACUGAGGAACGCACAGUCAUGGAUCGCCAUCGUCGUGAGACUUCCAUACCAGCCACACAUUUCAAUUCUGACGAGGAAGAACGAAGGAGACCCACCGAUGAGAAUCAAGAACAGGACAAUAUUCAGUUAAGAAGGGAAGACAGCAGAAGAACUGAAGACUCCCCUAGUGAGAGUGACCAGGUCCGCAAUGAUGUUCCUUUGAGAGACAGUGACGAAGACACAGGGGACGAAAAUAAAAAACGUGGUGUCGAUUUUGUCUCUGCUACAGAUAAAUCAGUGAAUAGAUGGGAUAGUAUUAUAAAGUCCGAGCGAGAUAGUCAGAGAGCCAAUCAGGAAGGAAGAGAAGGCAACGAAGAAGGCAUAGAGGAAGAAGGUGAGGAGGUAAAUGUAGGAGAGAGAAACAAGAGAUCAGUUGAUGAUGCAGAAACCUUCCGAGAACAGAACAAGAAUGAGCCAAAUGAUGUUCAGAAACAACCUGGCGAGAGAGAGAUGGCAAAUGAACGCAAAGGCGUAGCUCAGCUGGGAGACAAAGAUGGUGAACAAAACGAACAGGGACACCAAGGUGACGAGGCAAGGAGAGCGCGUGCCCAGUAUGGCGAGGAACAGAGCAACAAACGGAAUGAAGAAGAGGCCCAGGAACGAGAUGGUCAGGACAAUGAAUUGUCACGAAAAAAAAUAAAUGAACAAGUGGCUGGAAUGCAAGAAGACUUCAAUAAAAAGAAAAUGCAUCAACAAAAUCAGGAUCGGGAAGAUCAACAAGAACUAGUACAACAAGUACAAAAAAUUCAACAACAGGUUGGGGAACUCUCUUUUCAACGAAACAAGCAUUAUGAAGCAAGAGAAUCACCAACACACAUUGAGUUGACUGCCAUCCCAGUCAAUUUACCGAGACAAGACACAGUUCAGGGGCAUAGAGUUCGGUCUGAUGCUGAUGAUGAUGACGAGGAUGCCAAUACUGAACAAGACACAGAGAAAGAUCCUGAUGAUGCCGACGAAGAUCAAGAGAGCGACAACAUAGAAUCAUUCGAACAACAACAACAACAAAAACCACAGGGGCAGGACACACAACGGGUCAAACCAAUCCAGGGUCAGCAAGGGUUACACCAUAGGGAAAGGACGUUUAACAGAGCGCUAAAACAUGCUGAUAAUAACAAUAAUAAUGAACAUAGCCAACAGGCGUGAUUAUGUGUUAAUUUCUUCUACCCGGGACCAGACCCUUCAAUGGGGAACGGGGCGAUUAACAGUGUCAUGAAAGAAGGGAAAGGGGCAGUAUUUUUCCCCUUUUGUUCCCUGCUUUUUUGCCGCUGCCUUAUUGGUCCUCGUUCCUCGGUUAUUCUCCUUGAUCCAUUCUAUAGUUUCUCUCUCAGGUGUAUUCUUGUCUUUGAAAUUCGAAAAACGAGGCGAACGCGCGAUGAGGUGUUUAUCAAGUCACGGUAAUAAUUACCUCUUCCACAUGGAAGAACAUAGCGCUAGUCGGUCAAAUUUGGUGUUGCUAUAUAACCGUUGACCAUGUCGUGCCCUUGUGGUGACAUUAAUUCAGAUGUACACUGGCGUGAAACUUUGGAGAAGAGAGUACCGUGCCUUGUUUUCUUGGUCGAUUAGUUAGAAGGUUCAUAACAUGGUUUUGAACAAAUUAAUUUAUUUAGGGAAUGAAGCGUAAGUUAACGAAAAGGGUUGACGGCCAAAACUGCGUCAUGUGUGACCCUCUUCUUCAAGGAAAAGUUAAGAUAGAGUUGUUUAAGUACCGUUGUAAUGGCAUACCAUAUAAAAUUGCCACUGCAAUGCCUAUUUAUUGCGGUUUUCAAUAUGUUUCUGCAUUUUUAAAAGUCAUGUCCAGAGACCUCACUUUUCAUGAUGGGCCUACCGCCCAUUCUGUCGGUUUACCACCGUUUUAAUUCACUGCAAGAUUUGUAAGAUCAUUCAAGUAUUACAGGUUCAUUCCUAAUAUUUGUUUAGACUCGUGUGGGCUACUGCACUGGUAAACCAAUGGAAGAGCGAUCUGUCGAGUAUCCAUUCCUAUGUGGUCUUCAUAAUUUUGUGCAUUUUGUAUGUGUAGAUGGCUCACAAUACGCAGUACACAAUGUACAUUGAUAAAGAGGUAACGUUUUAGAUUCAUAACAAAAUUAAUCAUUAGUUUGUAGGUUUUAAACCUCAGGAAAAUCUGAAACAGCAUGAAUAAUAAAUGGGGUUAGAAUUUGAA